AUGGUUCAAGUAGAGUCCGAGAUUCCGCGGAUAUGCUGCGGCUGGGAGUGCAAAGCUACCCCUGAGAUUGGGAGGUUUGCUAUAAUAAAUGAAUUAUAUGAGCUCAAUCAGUACACUCAACACAGCCACCUAUCGCACUCUCUUGGUCGCAACCGACAUUUUCCCACCAGCGGUUACCUUUCGAGACAAUCUCUGGGUUUACCUCUAUCUACUCGACCGACAAUGCUUUGCCUGCGGUGCAGAGCCAUCCCCUACACCUUGAGGCCAGCCAUAUCCUCAAUCACCAAACAAACACCCGUCUUAUGCGCUAUCCCCUCGCAAGUCCGCCCCUUCUCCUUCGCUGCCGCGCCCACAAGCACAAUACGACCAACCCUCCCCCCGACCCCGACACAGUCAACAACAACCGCCUCCCUCUCCGUCCUCUCACAACUUCCGAACAUCGGAGCCCAACAGAUCCGUUCAUUCUCCGCUAGUGCCUCUCUCGCCGGUAAACGCGACACAUACAACCCCUCGCGCCGGGUGCAGAAGCGCCGCCAUGGAUUCUUGGCUAGAGUGAAGACGAGGACGGGGAGGGCGAUUAUUGCGCGGCGGAGGGCCAAGGGGAGAAAGAAUUUGAGCUGGUAG